UCAACCAAGAUUUGACCGAGUUAUAUAAACAUUAUAAUACAAAUGAUGAUAGCGAUGAAAUUGUAGAUGAUGAUGAGUUUUUUAUUGAAAGUCAAACAGAUGAUAGCGUAACAGAACAAACUGAUGAUAGUUUUGAGUCUGAUUGUUUUACACAGCAAGAAAUUGCAUUAUUUCGUCAAAUUUAUCAAACCAAUUUAAUACAAAAUUUUAUUGAAUGCGAAGAAAAAAAAAUAAAAU